AUGAGUUUAGUUAAACAAGUUCGUCUAGGUCAAUCAGGUCUCAAGAUCUCUCCCAUCUUAAUUGGAUGCAUGUCUUACGGUUCUAAGAAAUGGGCAGACUGGGUUAUGGAAGACAAAGAUGAGAUUUUCAAGAUCUUAAAGCAUUGUUACGAUAGAGGACUACGUACAUUCGAUACUGCAGAUGUGUAUUCAAAUGGUAUCAGUGAAAGACUCGUUGGUGAGUUCUUGAAGAAAUACAACAUCAAGAGAGAAACUGUCGUCAUCAUGACUAAGAUUUUCUUCCCUGUAGAUGAAAGUUUGGAUUUACACCACGGUAGUAAUGUGAAUCAAGAAGCAAUGGAAUUACAAUUGACUCUUCAAAGAGGUCUCUCUAGAAAACAUAUUAUUGACGGUGUGGCUAAUUCCGUGGAGAGAUUGGGCACUUAUAUUGAUGUGUUGCAAAUUCAUCGUUUAGACGAGGAGACUUCUAUGGAGGAAAUUAUGAGGUCUUUGAAUGACGUUGUGAUGAGCGGCCAAGUUAGAUAUAUUGGUGCUUCUUCCAUGUUGGCCACUGAAUUUGCAGAAUUGCAGUUUAUUGCAGAAAAGAAUGGAUGGUUCAAGUUUAUCAGUGCUCAAUCAUAUUAUAAUUUGAUUAACCGUGAAGACGAACGUGAAUUAAUCCCCUUUUGCAAGAAACAUGGUGUUGGUUUGAUUCCAUGGUCACCAAAUGCAAGAGGUGUUUUGACAAGGCCAGUGGAAAAGAAUACAGAAAGAAUGUUAACGGAUCCAACUUUUAAUAGAAUGAGAUUGAAUGAAUUGGGUGACGAUGAAAAGGAAAUUGUCAGAAGAAUUCAAAUGGUUGCUGAACGCAGAUCUGUCACAAUGGCUAUUAUUUCUAUGGCAUGGACUUUACAUAAGGGCUGUAAUCCUAUUGUAGGAUUGAACUCUGUGGAAAGAGUUGAUGAGGCAGUGAAAGCCAUUGAAUUCACUUUAACAGAAGAUGAAAUUAAAUUAUUGGAAGAGCCUUACAAGCCAAAGGUAAGAAUCUUUUAG